UCCAGUUCCACGCGGUCCACCUUCCCCCACUCAUAAGCUGUCGACAGGAUUGCAAUGCCAACCAUAAUCAGUUGUGCUCACAUUGCUCAAGCCAUCACCAAAACCAUGAUCUUUCGAACAUGUGCCGAGUGCGAGGGCAAGUUAACUGUGGUGUUUGUGAAUUCCUCCGACAAACGUGAGGAAAACGAAUUCUAUUGCAAAAAGUGUUGUAAAUUUGCAAAGUCACUCAAAGCUGCCUAUCGACUCCAGUUCACCAUUGUUAACUCCAUAGACGACUCGGUAGAGAAUCUCAUAGCGUUUGAUGAGGCUAUCAUGCCGCUGAUAGGCUGCCCGGCCUCUGAAUUUGAUGAGCUGACAGUCCAGCAUCCUGACCUUUAUGACGUUACGGAAACAAUCUUGGUCGGUAUGUGCUGCGAAAUAACUCUUCGAGAUGGCUCCCGUCCGACAAAGCUUGGUCAUCUGAAACCCGAUCGUAUUGUGGAAUCAAUAACACCAUUGCAGCCUUUUGUACCCAUCACAUCGCCCAUCAUGACGUCUCGAUAUUGGCAAGAUAAUAGUUUUGAUGACCUUGUGGAUUCAAAUACAAAGGUCAACAAUUUAUUUAGCUUCUCGGAAAGUCGAGGGCGGAAGCGAUGUAAUGACAGAGAGACAUGACAUUGAAAUGGUAGGCGGGAACUUUGCGUCAAUGUCCUAGAUGCACGUAUACAUAGAAGAAAAAAAUAGGUGUAUGUAUUAUA